CGUCCCAUCCGCGGAGCAUAAAGCAGCCAGGUUUCAUCGCAGCAUGGCAGCGUAUGAGGACACCCUCCACACUCGUAUCCUACUGACUCCGAGAGUGCACUGAGCAGUGCCUGACAACAUGGACAAUUCUACGGGCUGUACAAAUUUUUUCACUCAAAAUACUGACAUCACCGGGAUCGGUGUCAGGGUAGCGUUUUAUCUGCAGGUGACAAUCGUCGUCUUUCAGAUCAGGCUGCGAGAGGAGGAGGGCAUGAAUGCUUUCUGGACGCUCGCGUCUAUGAGCUUCGGGCUCAUGCUGGCGACUGUCGUGUCGGCCGCCCAGCACCAGCUCUCGUUCUUCAAUGCCUAUCAAGUCCAGAACCUUGUUUGCCUCGCCAAUUGCGCACUGGUCCAGGUCGCACACGCCCAAUGGCGGAUCACUCUAAGCAACCCCUAUCGAGAACAGAAAAUCCGAGACAGAAUGUUCACCUGGUUCUAUUACAUCCAGUACAUACUUGCAGGCAGCCUACUGGUGACUCUAUGGGCUAUUGGCGAAAAGUUUGGGCCCGAUUCGUCGUGCAUCUCCUCCAUGCACUUUUAUGUCGCAUACUGGCGCAUAUUCAGCUCGAAUGCCUUCCACGGUGCUAAGAUCGCGGCUUUCGUGAUCUACGUUUGGCUCAUCCUCAUCGGCGUACUAGGUGUCCUGCUCCUUCGCCUCUGGCUCCGCGGGCUCAUCGACCGAGCGGAGGCAAACGGGUUCGACAGGACGAGGGACAUGCCGACCGAAGCUGAGCUCGCAGAGUAUAGGACACGGUCACCCAAGCACCGGCCGUGGAAGGUUCAGAGCUGGAUCCACUACUUCAUCUACUGGUUCCUUGCGAUGUCCUUCUACAUUCCUCCCAUCGAGCUGUCGCUCAGGCAGAACUCUCAGCCUACGAGCGCCAAUGCACAGUGGAGCUUUGGGCAAAUUCUAUCGCUUGUGGCUAUUGCUCCUUCCGUGGUUGCUUUUUUCCUCACUAUCGGUGAUUUCAAAGCGGAACGCGGCGCUCUGAGGGCGGUCGUGGCCAAGGCCCGCAAGUCUCUCAAAGCAGACGAUGCUGAGAGAGCGACUACUGCUGAAGGUGCACUAGCGUAAUCUCACCAGUCACUCACUGGCGCAUGAAGCUUUUCGUUACUCAUCGAGAGAUGAGCACCGCGACUCGUACAAUGCCAUAAUUACAUGCUG